AAUUCAACUUCACACACAGCACUGAGCAGCCACACUGCCUUCUGUAGUCGCACCAUGGAACUUCCAGGUUUGAUCCAGCAAGCAAACUGAGAAGAUUCCUGGGAAGGGCAGCCUUCAGGCACAGUUACCCAACACAGUAGGAAUCGGCUGGAGUGAGAGGGUGCCAGCUGACUGGGUGCCGGUUGCUGUAGCACUAUGAUUCAGGAGGAGAAUGGCGCAGGAGAGAGGGAAGCUGAAGGGCUAAAGCCUUGGAGAUGGAGCUUGCACUUAGUUACUAAACUGGCGCUGUCCAUUGUGCUGAUGCUCUUUGCGCCCCCUCUGGUGAAUGCUCAGAAUGACACGGAGCCUAUCGUGCUGGAAGGCAAGUGCCUGGUGGUCUGCGACUCCAGCCCGUCUUCUGAUGGAGCCGUCACCUCGUCUUUAGGGAUCUCAGUUCGCUCUGGGAGUGCCAAGGUCGCCUUCUCAGCCAUUAGGAGCACCAACCAUGAGCCGUCUGACAUGAGCAAUCGCACCAACACCAUCUAUUUUGAUCAGGUGCUAGUAAAUGUUGGCAAUCACUUUGACCUUGCGUCCAGCGGAUUUCUAGCGCCAAGGAAGGGGAUCUAUAGCUUCAGUUUUCACGUGGUGAAGGUGUACAACAGACAAACGAUUCAGGUAAGUCUAAUGCAGAACGACUACCCAGUGAUCUCUGCCUUUGCUGGGGACCAGGAUGUGACCAGAGAAGCAGCCAGUAAUGGAGUUCUCCUGCACAUGGAAAGAGCUGAUAAAGUCCACCUAAGACUGGAGAGAGGGAACCUCAUGGGAGGUUGGCAAUAUUCCACCUUCUCUGGCUUUUUAGUUUUUCCACUUUAAAAAAAAACGAAAAAAAAGAAAAACAGAAGUUCUGGAUUUUGUUUCUUUCCAUGUAGCCAUUAAUGUGGCGGAACCAGACAUCACUUUUCAGCCCCCCUCCCAGAUUUGCCACUAAAAGAAGAACGAAUUUCUCUUCUCGCUAAAAAGUAUUAACUUUGAUAUCGACAUUUUUUUUUCCCCCUGGGAAACUGCGCGUCUAAUUAGUUAUAGACGACUGUGAUCUUUAGGAUAAAUCAAACGAUCGACCCAAGCAAUUUGUACCCGUGAUUGUAAAGUCAAUAUCGGAAUUUAUCGUUGGGAUUCAUUGACUUUUUUUUUGUUUUUUUUUCCGUUGUUGUUCUAAGACGAAUCCUCGGACCACACACAGUUGAUGUCAAAGUAUCA